ACUUUCACUUCAUUUUAGCUUUCUGAACAAGGCGGACAGACGCACGCUCAGACCUCCUGUAAACUACAAAAGAAGAACUGAUCAAACAUGAAGGUUUUUUUGUGUCUCGCAGCUCUGGCGGCAGUCUACUGCGCAGUGGAUUCCAAACACACUCCACCCAAGGUUCAGGUGUACAGCAGUAAACCAGGAGAGUUCGGGAUGGAAAACACCCUGAUCUGCCAUGUGAGUGGCUUCCACCCCCCUGACAUCAGCAUCCAGCUGAUGAAGAAUGGAGUGGAACUCGCUGAUGCCAAGCAGACUGACCUGGCCUUCAAACAGGACUGGCACUUCCAUCUGACCAAGAGCGUGGCCUUCAGCCCCCUGAGAGAAGACAAGUACAGCUGCAAGGUCACUCAUGGAACAAGCACUAAAGACUAUGCCUGGGAGCCAAACAUGUAACUCAGUGGAGCCCAAGCUUGCAAUGUCAGAUGAGCUCAGCUACAGCAGCAUUUACUCCUCACAUCUUCAAUCAAAAGGAUCACAGUUUCUCCCGGACAUUCUCACUUUUCUUUUCACAGAACCAAAUAGUAAUAUCAUAUUAAGGGGAUUGUAAAUUUUAAUUGACUGUUUUCAUGAAAGUAUGCAUGGGCUUCAGGUUGUUUAGUCACUUGUAAUUUAGCUGUGUGUUGCCUAGAUUGCUUGCCACCAAUUUCUUAUAAUGACUUAAAUUGUAUUUUCUAACUAAUUGAUAUCUGGUCAGGUAAAUAAUAUAUGAAUGGGUUGUUCUUUCAGGACUAGAUAGAAGUGUACUCUACAAUUUUGACUGUAUUUUUAAUGCCUUCUACUAAAUAAAGGCUUCUUAAUAAUU